AUGUCCUCUCUCUCUCUCUCUCUCUCCCCCACCCCAGUCCAUGGGCUCAGAGACCUGUUCUGGCUCCCGAUCGAGCAAUACCGUAAAGACGGGAGGAUUAUGCGGGGUCUGCAGAGGGGGGCAGCUUCCUUCGGCACCUCAACAGCCUCGGCUGCCCUCGAGCUCAGCAACCGACUGGUCCAGGCCAUUCAGGCGACAGCAGAGACGGUGUAUGACAUCCUCUCGCCCACCCCCCCCAUUACCAAGGCCUUGACUGAUCGCAGACACCUGAGGAGAUCGCGGAGAGGACAACAGCCGGCUGACCUGAGGGAGGGGGUGGCCAAGGCUUACGACACCGUCCGAGAGGGCGUGUUGGACACGGCCCUCACCAUGUGUGACGUGGCCGCCCGGGGGCACGAGCAGAAGGGGCUGACGGGGGCGGUGGGCGGGGUCCUGAGGCAGAUCCCCCCCACGGUGGUCCGGCCUCUGAUCGUGGCGACGGAGGCCACCUCCAGCCUCCUGGGGGGCAUGAGGAACCAGAUCCGACCUGACGCCCGCAAGGACGACAGUUUAAAAUGGCGAUCGGAGGAGAACCGGGAAUAGUGAGCCUGGAAAACCAGCCGGGAAUAGCAACCCGUGAAGGCCUCUCCCGGCUCCGACACUGACUGACUCUCUCUCCUCCCGGGCAAAGCUUUU